AUGCAGGACCACUACGCUAUUCUCGGUAUUUCCAGAACGGCGACGGGAGAAGAAAUCAGGCUGGCAUAUAGGGUGGCAGCUCUGAGAACACAUCCAGACAAAAAUAGGGGUUCUGAAACAGCGACUGACGAGUUUAAAAAGGUCAAUGCAGCAUACGAAUGUCUCUCUGACUCGCUAAAGCGAAGCGCUUAUGAUCGUACAUACAAACCGGCUGCUUCUCCGUUUAACAAACCGUUUACGAAUACCUCCUCCUCGUCAUCGUCUAGACCGAGCUAUAAUACCACUAACUCUUCCUCAUCCUCUUCGUAUUCUUCCUACGACCCGAGAAACUACGCUACACCGUCAGAUAUCCUACAAGAGGAGGUCAAAUUAACCCAGAAAUGGCGUUCCCAUAAUCUUCAAAAGAUGGGUAUGGAAACCCGGAAAAAAAUGUACAAUGAUAUGAAAGAAAAAAUUGCCGAGCUGAAGAGGCAAAUGGAACAAGUUCGUGAAGAGAUGAAAAGGCGAGAAGAAGAGAAGAAGUGGAAGACUACACGUACUUGGAUUGGAGGGUGGGUGUGGGGGGAUGUAGUCCUACCGGAAGAAGAGGUUAGACGGUAUGAGGAAGCGGAUCGUGAGAGUUUGAUGAAACUCACUAGUUUGAGGGUUAAAAUUGCUAAAGAAGAGACUGAGUUUGGACGUAUGGGAGAUUAUCCAAGCCAGUGGGAAGAAUGGGAGAGACAAGAUAUUAUUCGACAACGAGAGGAGAGUGCCCUGAAGGCUAAAAAGGAGCGGAGGAAGAAGGCUGAUCUAGAAGAAGCAAGAAAGAAGGCAGCGCAAGAACAGCGAGAGAAAGAAAGAAAAGCCAGGGAGGCGGCUGAGCAAGAACAGCGAGAGAGGGAGAGGAAGGCUAAAGAGGCGGCUGAGAAACUAAGAGAGGCGGCGAGAAAGGCUAGAGAGGCCGCAGAGAAAGCUCGAAAGGAUCAAGAAGAAGCUGAGGCCCGGGCUUGGGCUGAAGAGGUCCGGAAGUCCCAGGAAAGGGCACAGAGGGCCCGAGAAGAGCGUCGUAAAAGAGCCCAAGAGGCAAAAAGAGCCCAAGAGGCACAGAGAGCCCAAGAAGAACGUCGUAAAAAAGCUGAAGAGGAGAACGCGAAAGCCUGGGCAGAAUAUUGGAGAAGGGAAGAGGCCGAGAAUCGACGACGAGAAGCCCAGGAAGAGCAUCGUAAAAAAGAGGAAGAGCGCCGUAAAAAAGAAGAAGAAGCUGAAAGGUUUCGUAAAGCUGAAGAAGCUCUAGAGAAACAAUACCAAGAAUAUGUACGAGGGCGGGAGCGAGCUCGAGAAGAGGCUCGGAAAAAGGCCCGACAAGAAACACAUGUACCGGCCAACCUCGACGAGCAGCCAGAUAAGAAGACACCGACACACGAAGGGCUCGACGAAUUUUUAAAACGGAUGGAGAAGCGGUACCAUCAGCAGCAGCAGCAACAAGAAGAGCAGGGGCAACAGCAGGGGCAACAGCAGGGGCAACAGCAGGGACAACAGCAGAAUCAGAAACAGCAGGAUCAGAGAGCCAAAGGGAAUCCGGGGCCAUCUCGAGGCGCACAAACCCGACGACCCCGAAGGACCCCAAACCCAUCAUCGUCAUCAUCACAGCCUCAAACCGCCUGCUCUCAUCAAGGAUACUGGUCAAAGAUUAAUAUUUCUUCCGAGGAUUGUACGGGCUGCAAUAAAAAUUACAAGAGUUUUAUUUUCGAAUGUCCCGGAUGCCAAACUAGGACAUGUGCUAGUUGUCGAGACAGACUUAAAGGAAAGACGACGACCCCGAAAGCAAGAAACAACGGUAGGAGAGCGGGGGGAGUUAAGUAG